AUUUUUCUCAACUGAAAGUCACGUGUGCACAUAACCUCAAUAUAGUGGGACAACAAUAAAUAACAACGCUAACCGCAUGGUGUACACACAUUCUUUAAUGUGCAUAAGAGUUUUAUCCAUUUUCCAUGGUUGUUGACAUCUGAAUUGAUUAAAUUCCAAUUUUGAUUCAUAGUUUGAAGUAAAUCAUUUACUGUUUUUAUUGGAAAAGCAGAAAACGCGUGAAAUAUGCCAAAAGUCCGAUCCACAGCUGGAGCGCCUCGUAAAGAGGGCUUCAAUCGUAGUGGCCAUUCGAUGAAUCCAGAGCGAUUAACAAGCGGAUUAAAAGGUGUUUCAAAGCCACGUACGAAAGGCACCAUCAAACGAUUGCAAAUGUAUAGAAACUUCAAGGCAAAGCGUGACCCAAGUGGAAAAAUCAUAACACCAGCACCAUUCCAAGGGCGUUUAUCAUCUGGCACAAUGGCUCGUGUUGAACCAACACCAAAAUGGUUUAGUAAUUCACGUGUCAUAUCUCAAAAUGCCCUGCAAAAAUUCCAAGAGGAAAUGGGUAAAGCAAUCAAAGACCCAUAUCAAGUGGUGAUGAAACCAUCACAAUUACCGAUCAGUUUGUUGAAUGAAACCGCUAAAUAUCAACGCGUUCAUUUGCUCGACACGGAGAGUUUUAACACCACAUUUGGCCCGAAGAAGCAGAGAAAACGACCAAAUAUUAAGGUUCGUGAUUUGGAGGACAUGACCAAAAACGCACUAGAUGCAUCAGACAAAUACGAUGAGAAUAAAGAUGUUGAUUUGGUAAAAGAUGAAGCCGAUUCGAAGGAUGUUGUUCGUGAUUGGGUAUUUGGUGCUGGUCAAAGUAAACGGAUUUGGAAUGAAUUGCACAAAGUUAUUGAUUCGUCUGAUGUUAUAUUGCAAGUUCUUGACGCCAGAGAUCCGAUGGGAACUCGGUCGAAAUACAUUGAGGAGUUUUUGCGCAAGGAAAAACCUCACAAACAUUUAUUUUUCAUACUCAACAAAGUCGAUUUGAUCCCAACAUGGGUGACACAGCGUUGGGUGGCUAUUUUAAGUGCUGAAUAUCCAACAAUCGCUUUCCAUGCGUCACUAACACAUCCAUUCGGUAAAGGAUCCUUGAUCAAUUUGUUGCGUCAAUUGGGCAAAUUGCAUAUCGAUAAAAAACAGAUAAGUGUUGGUUUCAUCGGCUAUCCAAACACCGGAAAGUCGUCAAUUAUCAAUGCACUUCGAAGCAAAAAGGUGUGUAAUGUUGCUCCAAUUGCUGGCGAAACAAAAGUAUGGCAAUACAUUACAUUGAUGCGACGUAUUUUCCUGAUCGAUUGUCCGGGUGUCGUCUAUCCAUCGGCCGAAACUGACACCGAAAAAGUACUGAAGGGUGUCGUUCGCGUUGAAUUGGUCACUUGCCCAGAAGAUUAUGUGGAAACAGUUUUGAAGCGCGUUCGCGACGAAUACCUCAGAAAGACCUAUCACAUCAAUAAAUGGGAAUCGCACAUUGAUUUCUUGGAGCAGUUGGCAAAACGCAGCGGAAAAUUGUUAAAAGGUGGUGAUCCAGAUGUACGAGCUGUUGCGAAAAUGAUGCUCAAUGACUUUCAACGUGGUAAACUACCUUAUUAUGUUGCGCCCGAAGAAUACGAAGUGCCAAAAUCCAAAGAAAAUGAAUCGAAUAUAACACAAUCGACACUCGCUGAUGAUCAAUCGGAUAAGAUAUCAGUAAGCGAAUCCGUUAAGAAAGGUCGAGAGCUGCAACAAGUACAAGAUUUCCGUAAGAUUCGUGUCGGUUUGGAAUUCGAAAAGGAUGAUAUUCGUGCAUUAGAAAAAAUUGAUCUCGAAUUGCUCGAGAAACAACGCGAAGAACGAAGAUUAGCUAGUAAACGAAAAGUUAAGGAAGAUGAUGAAUCGUCCGGCAUUAGUGAUUUUUAUUCAGAAGAUGAAUACGACGAAACUUUAAACAAAGUAGUUCGCAGAAAGGCACGAAAAAUUCCAACAAAGCUAACUGUCAAUCCAAAAAAGAGUCCAAUAGUCAAAGCAAAAGCUAGCAGCGGUGAAUUCAAUGUUGAAAAUAUCAAACCACAAGACAAAAAGACACCCGAGAAAACAACCGCCAAAGAACGGCGCGCUGUGGAACGAGCACAAAAACGGAAGAAGAUUGGUACCAAUUUCUAUGAAACAUCAAACGUUAAAAAUCGUAAUCGAAAUAAAAAGAAAGCCGACUAGUAAGCCCACAUUGAUUCUAUUAUGGCUUCAGAACAGUUUUUACACAUCGAAAUUAAAACACUGUAUGUAAAAAUGUUGUCAACAAACCAGUUUAUUGUUAACACAAAAAAUAAAACGUAAAUAUUUUUAAAUAAAUUUUUGCUUCAAAAAAUCAUUGUUUUCUGUGAAUCAUGAACUUACAAAAACGGCAUAUUUUCGUAUGGAUAAGGUAAAGAUCAAAAAUUAUUAUUUUAGAAUUUCAAGGACGUAUGUUUUGUAUGUGUCUCAUUCGUAAUUUUUUUAAAAACUUAAUAAAUACCCCUAUGUAAAAAAGGAUAUCUAAAAGAAUGCAGAAUAAUUGGACUGUGACAUGAAAUCGAUGCAUUCGAAUACUCCAAAAAUACAUAGAAAACAGAAGCAAAAAAUAUACACUAAAAAUUGUAAUAUCGAUUCUAUUAACCUCAGAGAAAUAGAAGAAGUAUAAAAGAUUUCAUAAAUUCAUGAUUAGUCCUUUGUCUAUAUAUUGGAUUUGAAAAUAACGCACAGUCACUGAUUCAACGUGUUCACCGAACAGUCCUUACGGAAGAAGCGUUGUCCACAGAACUGGUUCAGUCGAUAAUAAUUGAUCGAUGAUGCAAUUGUAAAAAAAUUCAAUGUGGCCUCUUGUCUUUUGUACAACGAAACAGUACGCAAUUAGAAUGAUAUGCCAUGUUUUUGCAAGAAUGAUUCGUUUUAUUUAAUUUUUUUCCAAUUUUUUUUUAUUAAUCGUAAUUGUUGUUUUUGAUUUGUCAAUUCUGAUUUGUGUUCAGAGGUUUACGAUGACUGAUUUUGCGGUCCUAUAGUUUAAACGAAUUAGUCGACCGUUUGUGCAAAAGUAUCCUCUUUUUCCAUCAAUAGUUUUUUUUUAACAAUAAUCUACAAUUUCGUCGUUUUUAUGGUUAUAAUAUAACAAUAGUGACCCUAAAAAAUGUCUACUCAUUAUUUCUAUAAAUAUACACAAAAUCACUUGAAAAAAAUCUAAAUUUUACGUAGUAAAAUCGUUCCUCACAA